AUGCAUUUGAUGGUAUUCUAUGGUUGUGCCCAGUAUUCUCUAUUCAUUUUUACUUUAUUUUUUGCAAACCCGGUAUUAACAAGUGUUUGCCCGAAUCAGCCAUCAAGAUUUGGUAAGAAUUGUUCAUACGAGUGUCACUGUUUGGAGGAUGCAUGUGAUUCAACGACUAAUGGCGUCGGGUGUAAAUUCGGGCUUUGCAGUCCUGGCUUCGUGGGAUUUCCUGCUUGCCAAGAUGCAUGUCCACCUGGUAAUUAUGGUCUAAACUGUACGGUAAAGUGCAAUUGUGAACCGCAGAACGUAUGUAAUCCUAUUAAUGGUGUAUGCAUAGGGGGAAACAAAUGCAACAGACGCUAUUAUGGAGCUGCAUGCAUUCAUGAACGAACGAGAAUGAUUUUUCCACCUACUGUUUACAGUGACUGUGAGAGUCUUUAUAUUGUUUGGCCGGAGUUUAAUGAGUCUUACUACGUUGGAUCAUCAAAUAUUGUUAAGUACACGAUUCUUUUUAGAACGACUUCGUCAAAUCUCUCAGUUUACCAGUCAGUCGAUCGGACUAUGCUUUCUCGAAACGAUUAUGAAUUACAAUUUUUCAAUGACAAUUUAUCUGUUCCAUUUACCUUCUCAAUCAGAGCAGACUUUAUGGUAACUUUGUCGAGUGAUGAAUAUCUUGAGGAAGGUGUCCCAAGCCCCGAAUCGAAUCCUCUAGAGAUCAAAUGUCCUGCUCUAUCCAAUGUGUCUGUUGUAACAAAUAAAAAUUCUGUGGACGUAUCUUGGGAUGGACAUGGAAAUCCUGCGGUUGUGAAAGUCUAUAUACAUAUCACAUUGAUUGCUAUAGGAGAUUGUCUCAUUUUGCCACAAUCAAAUUAUAUAAAUUACACCAAGACAGUUAAUAUUGAUACCAGAAAGACUGUGCUGCAGUUGGACUACUGGCGGCGUUAUUCCGUAACAGUUUACGGCCUAACACCUCACGAUGUUGCUACUGCACCGUCAACCACCACUAUUAUGACACAGUUUGAGAAUCCGAAAGGCCCACCAAUGAAUUUACGUCAGCUAUCUCAAGCAAAUCAAUCUAUAUAUGUAACUUGGGACUAUCCUUUAUGCUCUCAACGUGGUGGUCCUUUGGAAGCGUAUGUUGUUAAUAUUUCAACAUUAUCAUCUACUACUUUGCCAAUUAUACUAAGUAAUCCACAAAAUGUCCCUCCUAUUCAGAUUAUCGGUCUUGUGCCUCAGAUUUUAUAUACAAUACAGGUGGCUUACAGAAAUGCUAUGGGUGUCGGACCUGCAGCUCAAAUAAACAUAUCUCUCAACAGAUCAGUAUCAAAUCAACCAACUUCAUUUCGUGUACAAUAUUGUGGCCUGAAUUCAUGUCGUUUAAGCUGGACACCUCCUGUUGAGGGUUAUGAAUGGAGUGCUUUACUUAACUAUAACAUUCUUUAUUGGAAACAGUCGACACCAAGUUUAGUUAAAAAAGUCACAGUUCCACCAAGUGCUCGAGAAUACCUACUGUCAGAUCUGGAUAGCGGGACUGUUUAUUAUGCAAGCAUUCAAAGUGUAUUUAAUUUUGGUACUGGGAAUUCUGAGACAAUAACAUUUCGUACAUUAAGUCAUUUCGAUAUUCGUCUAGUUAAUCGUUCAUAUUCAGGAAUUACAGUUGAAUGGUAUUUCAGUUCGAUGCCGUAUACAUUCAUUAUAUCUGUAGAACUAUUGGAAACACUGCUUCCAGUCAAUCCUUCAUUUUCAAAACAAACUUUCAGUCAUACAGGUAGUGGAAUUCUUCGGUAUACACUUUCCACUUUACCUGCUAGUUCUCGAUUUAGAAUAAUUAUAAACCCAAUUGAUGAGAUUGGUGUAUCAAUGGGUUCAUCUUUUUUAACUGCUUGGACAAGCCCUGCUCCAUUUGCAAAUUCAAGAGCUUUAAGAAUUGGACAGAUAACUGCAAUAUUCAAUGGUUCAUCUAUGGUCAGUGUAAAAUUUCCAACAGUUUCAGGCUAUGAAGGUGGUCCACUGAAUGGUUUUUAUAUAGUUGUUGAGAAAAAUUCAAAUACUAAUCGUGUACGACGUUCAGUUUUGGAUCGUACACAGCUUGGAUUAUCAAACAAUGCUAAUAUUGUUUAUUAUUCUAAUACAUUCCCAUUAGAAAAUAUUAUAAUAGGUUCUGGCAAUGUUAUCGACGGUUCUAAACUAUACAACAAUUUAUCAACUAUACCAGGUUAUAAUAAUCCUCAAUUAGAGACAAAUACCAGUUAUACAGUAACUGCAUUUAUUCAAAGUGAAGUGGAUGGUACAAGUGAAUUUACUGAAGCUGGUUAUGUAACAUUUGUAACUGGUGUUGUUAAUAGUAUAAUUACCGGUGCAUCUUCUCCUUUAACAAACAAUCAAAUCGAGUCUAAUUUACUUGGAAUAAUUUUGGGUAUUUUAUUAGCUCUCGUUAUCUUAGCACUGAUAGCAUUCCUUAUCUUCUAUUUUUGUCGUAAACGAUAUCAGUCUGGUCAGUAUGUCUUCGAAAGAAAGUCACAUUUAUUACCAUAUUCAUAUGCAUGGUGGAGUGUACCAGAAGAUACACGUGAACCUCGUUAUCUGAUUAUUGAUCCAGAACAUGGACCUGCACAUACUUUAAUUGGAACCUGGCCAAUAAAUGAAAUAUUAGCUACAUUUUCGCGUGAAUAUGCAAGCAUCCCAUCAGGUUCAAGAUAUUCUCAAUCUGUUGGUAAUUUAAAGAAUAAUCUAUCAAAAAAUCGUAGUCAAACAAUUCUACCUUAUGAUCAUAAUCGUGUCUCAUUAAAUCGUCCAACUAAUUCCAAGGAAACUGAUUAUAUUAAUGCAAGUUUUAUUGAUGGUUAUAUGCGUAGACGUGCGUAUAUAGCAGCUCAAAGUCCAUUUGAUAUGUGUACAGCACAUGAUUUUUGGUUGAUGAUAUUUCAACGGAAUAUUGCACAAAUUGUUAUGUUAACUAAUCUUGUUGAAGAUUCCACAUUAAAAUGUUGUCAAUACUGGCCUGAAAUGCCUGGUCGAAAUGGCAGCAGUCAAACAGAUUCCAAGUCUUCUAAAUCUCAACAGUAUGGAAAUAUUAUUGUAGAAAUUAUUGAUCGUAUUGAUUAUGCUCAUUUCACUGUAAGAUAUUUUAAUAUCACUGAGGUAUCAUUGAAUGUAAGUCAACGUGUUAUGCAAUAUCAAUUUCAUAGUUGGAUUACACCUGAUCGUAAAGUUCCAGCUUGUUAUGUGAAUGGUGAUUGUACACUAGACAACGAUAGAAGAAAUCAGUCAUUACCAGAUUGCGGUGAUGAUUUAUCACAAGAUUCACAAGGUGUUUUUUGUCGUACAUCAGUUCUGGGAACAAUAUUUGAUCGAUUAAAUUUUAUUGAAUUUUAUUAUCGUGUUAAAACUGCAAGUCGUCCUGAAGAUGGUCCAGUUCUUGUGCAUUGUGCUACAGGUUUAUCACGUACUGGACUUUAUAUUGCUUUCGACUCAUUACUUCAACAAGCUGCCCAUGAACAUGUUAUUAAUGUGCCUAAAUUUUGCUCUGCAUUAUGUAAAGCUAGAUCGAAUAUGCUACGUUCAAUGCGACAAUUCACUUUAUUAUAUGAUUUACUUUUUGAAGCGAUAUUAGCUGGUCAUUGUAUUGUUGAUUUAGAUUUGCAUAGUAAUUAUCGUAUGUUAUGUCACAAAAAUGAGAAAACUAAUCGAACCUAUUUAUGGGAACAAUGGUCUGUAUUACAUUUGUAUACAUCAUUACCUGAUCCUGAUACAGAGUUACGAGUUGCUUUAAAUUCUGUAAAUUUACACAAAAAUCGUUAUCCCAAGGAUUUUGACUUACUUCCACCUGAUCAUUUUCGUGUAUGCCUACGAUGCACAUCCACUAGUGGUUUAUCAUCAUCUUCAUCAAAUUACAUUAAUGCUGUCUAUUUGGAUGGUGCAGGUCUACGUGAUGACAUAAUUUUAACACAAACUCCUUUAAUAAAUACAGUGAAUGAUUUUUGGUCUAUGGUUGAAGAAGAGAAGGUUUCGUGCAUUGUCGAUAUGGAGCCGUUUUCUUAUGGUGUUGAAGAUGCUGUUCGUUAUUGGCCACUUCGUCCAGGUGAGAAUGAAACACUUCCAAUGUUUGAAGGUUCAUCAGACGAAGAAUUAGAUCAAAUUGAUAUGCAUUAUGAUUAUACUGAGACACUACCUCUUCGACGUGGACCAUGGUUAGAUUUUUGUGAUGGAUUAAUUCAAAUUUGUCAACUUGGUUCAUUAAUUCCAGUUCGUCUUGAUACAGCCUCUCCAAAACAUAAUUCCAAUGGUGAAAUAUACAAAAGACGUUUACUUAUACGUAAAUGUGAAGUUAAUCGUUUAAGACAAUUUAAUUAUGAAAAGUUAAGCAAUGAAAAGUCAAAACCUCGUGAAGUUAUUAUAUUUCAUUUUACCGGUGGAUGGAAUGCCAAACUGAAUGUGCCUGAUUCACGUAUCUCCAUUGUUUGUCUAUUAGAAAAAGUACGUCUAGAACGUGGUACAGGUCCAUUGGUUAUACAUUGUUUAGAUGGAGCUACUCGAAGUGGCCUAUUAUCUGCUUGUUAUCUUUUAGCUGAACGUAUGACAAGAGAUCAUUAUAUUGACUUAUUUCAUGUACUGAAAAUGAUUAAAAUGCGUAGAAAAGCUGUUUUAGCAUCUCCUGAUCAACUACGUUUUGUCUAUCGUUUCUUAAUUCAAUGGAUAAAACGUACACUGGCUGAACCAUUAGCUAAUUGGACUACACGACAGUCAGGUAGAAUAAAUUUAUCACCAUCAUCAUCACCAUUUUCUUCAGGGGAUUGGAAACAAUGGCAAUGGCCACAACUUGUUGGUCAUUUACCACCAGAUUCACGUGUUGGUAUAUUUUCACACUCUCAGUUACCAGCGCUAGGCGCUGAUCAAUCCGGUACAACAUUGAGUUUGGAUAAAUCUAUUCGAUCUAAUCAACUUGUAUUGGAUACAAGUAAUAGUAAUCGUCUUGGUAGUAGUGCUGGUGGAGGUGUUGGUGGUGAUACACAAUCAAUACAUACUGGUGAGGAAGACUGUAACAGUACAACAGUAUAUACGCCUAGAAAAUUAAUAUCAUCGAUAUUAUAUCAUUAUUUUGAUGAUGAAUUAGGAGCUAGUCAAAAUACGGGUUAUUAUAAAAAGAAUACAAAUAAUUCUAAACCACAACAGCAACAACAAUCAUCAAACAUAAUGGUUGGUAAUCAUAAUAAUUCUUAUCAUUCUUCAUAUUAA